AUGUCAACAUACAUUGAUGGGAAGGCGAAACACAGUCCGACCAACGACUGGGACACCAACGCGGCGAAACACAGUCCGACCAACGACUGGGACACCAACGCGGCAGUCACCGUCGUCGGGGUGGUCAAAACACACAAUGCCGUGGGCGGUGGCUCUGGAACGUUUGAGGAGGCGUCGUGGCUCAAGACUGAGGCUGACUGCAAAGCGCGCUGCGCGGGAGAGCACCACUGCACCGCGGUCGAGUUCGCUCUCAUCGGCGGCUACACGCGCUGCGAGAUCCACCGGCUGCCGGUGAGUCACACCUUUCCCCUGCCCGGGUUCGACUGCUUCGUCAAGGGCUCCGGCCGGCGCCAGAGAGGGUCUGCUGGCGGCGGCGCUAUGGCAGCGGUAGCGGUAGCGGUGGCACCGCCGCCGCCACCGCCAACGCUGCUGCCGCCGCUGCUGGCACCGCCGCUGCCGCAGCCACGGGCCGGCACCGCACCGCUCCUCCCCACUCCGGCCAAGGCGAGCGCGGCCGAGGUGGCCGGCUUCAUGCUACCGGAGGGGCAGGCUGCCACGCCGGCUGCACCUCGGCUGCACCUCGGCUGCACCUCGGCUGCACUUCGGCUGCACCUCGGCUGCACCUCGGCUGCACCUCGGCUGCACCUCGGCUGCACCUCGGCUGCACCUCGGCUGCACCUCGGCUGCACCUCGGCUGCACCUCGGCUGCACCUCGGCUGCACCUCGGCUGCACCUCGGCUGCACCUCGGCGGAUCUGCAGGUGGGCU